AUGUCAAGCCCACUCUUUGGCAUCGUCCCUGCGGGCCAACCACUCAUCACAGAACCUUCUUCAACCCCCUCGCCAACCUCACUACUCUACGCUCUCCCCACCACAAAACACUUCUCACAUAUUGUUGUCUUUAUACUACCAGGCAUAAGUCUCCCGCCGAACACUGCAGCAGCAAUCUACCUAGCAACUGCCGCCGAUGUCGCGGCAGCAGCUCAGUCAGGCGGCACACCCAACUUUCGCUUCCUUGGAGGUAUAGGUCCUGGAAAGGAGAGCGCCAUGUUUAAGAUUAGCGGUGGAGGAGAGGCCGGCGAUUUGGUGAUUGGUGUAUCAGUGGAGCCAGAAGAGUCUGUUGGCCAGCGCUUACAAGAGCUCGCUGCCACUAAGUCUGGCAACCCAUCAGGCGGCCAGCCCAGUACGGCUAUACUCGCACAACGCAUCAUCCAGAACGCAUUCAACUUUCUAUCAAGUUUUAGCGGUACAGCAGGACCUGGUGGUGUUGAGGUUGUGCCGCUCAAAGCCUUUGAAAACUGGUGGCGCAAGUUUGAAUCGAGAGUUCGGGCAGAUCCUAGUUUCCUGGAGAAGCAAUCAGAUUAG